UUUCCGGUGGGCAAAGGGCAAGCAGAAUGUAAAUACGAGACUGGAGAGCGAUCAUUAGGUAACACGGACUACCCGGUCCGUGGUGGAAGCCCGAGGAAGAGGAGGAAACGAGGCUGGUGGGUCUUGGGGUGACGGGGGGGAAAGAGCUUCAGAAGUCGGAGUUGAGACCCACCGCGGGUGUGACAGAACCGGGACGCUAAGAAUGGCUUCCUUUGGAUGGAAAAGGAAGAUUGGUGAGAAGGUCUCAAAGGUCACUUCCCAGCAGUUUGAAGCUGAAGCUGCUGAUGAGAAGGAUGCAGUUGAGAAUGAUGAAGGGAACUGGCUUCAGGCUGUUAAACGGAGGAAAGAAAUUCUCCUUGAAGGCUGUGCUGAGAAAAGUAAACAGCUGAAGGACGAAGGAGCCAAUUUGGCUGAAAAUAAAAGAUAUCGAGAGGCAAUUCAGAAGUGGGAUGAAGCACUACAGUUAACCCCAAAUGAUGCUACCCUGUAUGAGAUGAAAUCACAGGUCCUAAUGUCUCUUCAUGAAAUGUUCCCAGCAGUUCAUGCUGCAGAAAUGGCUGUCCAGAGAAAUCCACAUUCGUGGGAGUCUUGGCAAACUUUGGGGCGUGCUCAGCUUGGAUUAGGAGAGAUAGUCUUGGCAAUUCGAAGUUUUCAAAUAGCCCUUCAUAUCUAUCCAAUGAACCCUGAAAUCUGGAAAGAAGACCUUUCUUGGGCCAGAACGCUCCAGGAGCAGCAGAAGGUAGCACAGAGGAUUAAAAAAAGUGAAGCACCAACAGAAGUAACACAUUUCUCACCAAAGUCAAUUCCUGAUUAUGACUUUGAAAGUGAUGAGAUUGUUGCUGUUUGUGCAGCUAUUGCUGAAAAACAGAAGACAGUUUCAGCAAAUAAAACAAUGGUUAUCGUGUCAGCUUCUGGGACUGUAGAGACUGUGACUGAGAAGGAAGAUGGUGCUGCGCCGCCAGAUGGCUCUGUUUUUAUCAAAGCCCGAUGAAGCUCAGCAGGAGUCAUUGGAAUCUGUCUUUGAUUUUGCCACUUGAAGUUUUAGGCAUGGGGGCAUUUACUGCGGAGAAACAGGGCAAAACUCCUGUUUAUAAAUAGGUUUCUCAGAUGAGCCAUAGAAAAACUAAAUUGAGGAAUUAUUGUAUAGUGUUUGGACUAUACUUUGUUAAGUUAUGAUUUCCUCCUAAGAUUAAAAUUCUGAGUACAAUAUUUGCUUAAUAAGCUUAAAUAACUUAAUGCAAAUAUAUGAGUGAAUGCUUUUCAAAGACACAACCUGAACAGUAAAUUCUCAGAUAGUGCAUAACUUGACCACCAGUGUUAUUAAAAUGUUGACUUGUUGACUUUUGCUUUAUGAUAAAGGAGGUAGGUGAUUUCUUUCCCUGAUAGAAAUGUACUGUUACUACUCACUCUUCUGUUUUUCUUGCGUCAUUAGAGUAAGACUCUCACAAAGCUUGAGCCUUUUUGAUAUUCAUUUUGAUUCAAAGUUGUUAUUUGGUUAUACAUAGAAUCUUUGAAAGUUUGUCUGAAAAUGCAUGCAAAUGUGUACAUGCUGAACAUUUUCUGAAUUUUCUCUGAAUUCCGAUUUGUGCUUUUGCUUAUGUUUUAACUUUAAAAUUAUAACAAAGGUUGAUGCCACCUUCAGUAUUUGUGAGAUGUAUAAAGUACUGAUAAAUGUCAGAAUGAUGGUUUUAUUUUUUUUAAUUAUUACAGUAGAUAGCAAGUCACUUUUAAGAUGUACAUUUUUUAAACAAGUAGCUCUUAUAUAUGCAUCAAAACAAAUUGCACUGCUAAUGUCCCAGUCAAAAGCAGUAUUUUCUUUUCCCUUUUUUUUGGUUUUUUUGUUUGUUUUUAGGGCUGCACCCAAGGCAUACGGAGGUUCCCAGGCUAGGGGUCAAAUCAGAGCUACAGCUGCUGGCCUAUGCCACAGCCACAGCAAGUCGGGUUCUGAGCCACAUCUGCGACCUUCACCGGUGCUCACAGCAGUGCCAGAUCCUUAACCCAGUGAGCAAGGCCAGGGAUCAAACCCACAUCCUCAUGGAUACUAGUUGGAUUUGUUUCUGCUGUGCCACAAUAGGAACUCCUUCUUUUCCUUAUUUUUAAAAGAUUAAAAACCUUUAAAGUUCUUAACUUAUCCCUUGCUUAUAACUUUUCAGCUGAUAUUUUAGAAUUCCUUUUCCAAAUAAUUUUCCUGGAACUACUCAGUGAAAUGAGAAACAAUUAUAAUUAUAUCUAAAUAGCUAAAUUAUAUCUUUCUAAAAAUUAAAAGAAGAGAUGUUAUUAAAGUGCCAGUGAGUGAAUACCUUAGGCACAACAUAAAUAGAAACUGAAAUGUGAUUUAUGGUUCAAUUCCAUGAGUAGAAAAGGACAUAUUGAAGAAUAUAUUUCAUUGAAAGUUCAUAGUCACAUCCACAAAUCAAUACUGUCAUUGUAACGUUAAUUAUUAUUUUUAUACAACAUAUAUUGAAGUACAGUUAUAUAGAACUGCUGGUACUGUUAAUUCUGACACUCAGGAAGCUGUAAUUGGUGUAAAAUUAAUUUCAUCCUUGUUAGAGAUGAAGUAAGAUACUUUAUUAUAAGGAAGCUUACCUUUCUAUCUUGGAGCAUGUAUGUAAUGGUCUAUGUUUUUGUCAGAUGAUUUAGAGAACAUUUCUUUUAGUGGAAUAAUUACCUCUUUUUUUCAGAUUUGGAGAGGUUAGCACUUGUCUUGAAAAGCAUUAUAUUUUUCCCCAAAGUUGUAUCAGCCAGUUAGCUCUGGUCCAGAGAGGUUAGUUUUAGAAAGAUCAAAAAAAACCCACAGAUAUUAAUUAUAUUUUAUUUGGUUAAUAAAGAAUACUCAAAGGAUAGGUAGUUGGGUAUCUAUAGGAGUGAGCUCUUACCAUUUUGUAUGUUGUUUUGAGUAACGGGUGUUUGUUUAUUGUAUUAUUUGUGAACAAAUACUUUUUUUUCACCUUUUAAAGAUUUGCCUAUUGUUUUGUGUUGCUAGCUUUAAAAAAAUUUGAUUUAUUUAAUUUCUUUCUUAUGUAAAAAUAAAAUAUGUAAAGCACCUUGUAUGGUGUCUUGCACGUGAAAUACUCAGUAUAUGGUAUUUCUGUGAGAACUUGAAUUAGUUUUGAGUUACUUAACCUUACUUUCUUCUGAUUUUAAGAAAGGAGGAAAGCUUCUUUGUAAUCUUUUGCUUAUCUGAAAGUGAGAAGUCACUACUACUUUUUUUUUUUUCUUUUUAGGGCCACACGCAUGGCAUAUGGAAGUUCCCAGGCUAGGGGUCAAAUUGGAGCUGUAGCUGCUGGCCUAUGCCACAGCCACAGCAAUGCGGGAUCCAAGCCGUGUCUGCGACAUACACCACCACUCACAGCAAUGCUGGGUCCUUAACUCACUGAGAGAGGCUGGGGAUCGAAUCCAUAUCCUCAUGGAUUUUAGUCAGGUUCCUAACCCACUGAGCCACAAUGGGAACUCCAGAAGUCACUACUUUUGAUAUCAUAGGACAGAUGGCCAUCGCUUGGUGAUUAAUCUUGGUAUAAGUUCUACACCUCAACCCAAAAGAAGCAAGACCCUGGAUGGAGUGCAUGUAGCCACUAGUUCUGUUGAUGAACCUACUGUUUCCUCUGUAUUGACAUGGGUAGGCAGGUUAGUCUCUUCCUUAUUUAGAGAUUAGAUAUAUGAUGUUUUAGAUGCACGAUGAAGGAGAGAAAGAAAUAGUGAAUUAUGGAGAGGAAAGGCAGCUCAUUUCUUCAGGCCUGAAAAGAUGCUUAGUUAAUACUCUUAUGUACAUGAAAAGAAAAAUACAUAUAUUAUUUUAUAAGGAUGUGACUACUGAUAGAUCUUUUUUUCUUUUUCUUUUUUGGCUGCCCCACAGCAUAUGGAGUUCCCGGGCCAGGGAUCAGAUCUGAGCCACAGUUGUGAUGUACACUGCAGCUGUGGCAAAACUGGAUCCUUAACCCACUGUGCUGGCUGGGGGAUCAGACCUGCAUCCCAGUACUCCAGAGACGCCACUGAUCCACUCUGCCAUAACAGGAACUCCCUGAUAGAUCUUUACUAAGCUUUCUAACUGUAAUAGCAAAUUCUUGUGAAUCUGAAAGAAAGAUAAUUUAUGAUAUUGAUACAAUUAAAAAUAUUUAAUAUACUUUCUGAAAUACUAAACACAAGUUAUAUUGAAUAUAAUUUGUUUUUUUUUUUUUUUUUUUUUUUUGUCAUUUUUGCUAUUUCUUGGGCCGCUCCCGCGGCAUAUGGAGGUUCCCAGGCUAGGGGUCCAAUCGGAGCUGUAGCCACCGGCCUACGCCAGAGCCACAGCAACGCGGGAUCCGAGCCGCAUCUGCAACCUACACCACAGCUCACGGCAACGCCGGAUCGUUAACCCACUGAGCAAGGGCAGGGACCGAACCCGCAACCUCAUGGUUCCUAGUCGGAUUUGUUACCCACUGCGCCACGACGGGAACUCCUGAAUAUAAUUUGAAUGAUUCUUAUUUUAAAAUUUUAUGGCAUAAACGCUCAUUAGAGCACUACACAUCCAGACCAUACCUGAGACUUUGAGAAUCAUGUAUUAUUCUCAGGACAACAGGUUCUUAGAUUAUAAACAUUGAAAAAUCGUGCAAGGUAUAGAUCACAGAACCUAGAUCUACUUUAAUUGGGGCCUACGUACAAAAUUUUAUGGUAGUCUAAGUAUGCUGUCAGCUUUUAAAUUGAUGUUAUAUGUCAAAACUGUAGUGAAGACUUUAAAUUAAAAGCUUCAUCUCGGAAUGCUAGAGUUUCCAUGGUUGUAACUGAUCAGUAUAGCCCUUUUUGAAAAUUAUGCUUUAUGUAAUGAUGUCAAAAACUUGCCUCACUCUCUUUCCCAGCAGUAGGAAAUUGUCAUUCAUUUCUUUAAUUUCAGCUUCAUGAGUCAGAAACCCUUCUAAAUUGAUUUAGGAUUUUGACUUCAUGACAUACAUGUAUCUAAGUGAGUUCUACGUUGACACAAGAACCAUAGUACUAUAAUUAUCGUCAAAUCAAUGGGCGUAUUAAGUGUGUUUUUCCUGAGAUAUCAUUAAACUGAUGGUCUAUUUUGUAAUCGAUGACAUUGUAGGAUUGAGAAAGUAUUAUUUUUUAACCAGUGAUAAAAUACACAAAUCUGUAAAUGAUUUACCCAUUACCAAAGGAAAUUAAAAUGAAAUAUGUCACUUUAGCCACAUGUAAUUAAAUAUGCCCACUUGAAUGGAAGAGAAGGGGUGGUCCUAUAGCUGCGUACCGUGAAUUGUGCCUUAAUGUGUGCUGUGUGUGAACUUCACCUGCUAUGUGUGCCAAGGUGGGAGAAGGGGUAAAAAAUGCUUAUCUUAAGCUAGUCUUUGUUGGGAAGGCAGAGGAUGGGCAUGGCUUUUUUCCCACAGUGCUGCUUUGGACAUCUGUUAACCAAGGAAUUCCAGUCUCUCUUCCCACCUCCUCAGUAAAGGGAGUUUAGAAUAAAGAACUGGACAUACAAACCCCUUUCUCCCUUUUUUUCUCCAGAUGUGUCAUGCCUGGAGAGAGCCUAUGUUGUGGGCUCUUGUCAGAAAUAAUAUGUUUUGCAGUGAAGGCGCUCUGCCACUGCAAGGGGAGACCUGUAGUUGUGCAGGAAGGCCCAUGCCUUGGUGAGCAGGUCUAAUUCUGGCUUUGAUAUUAGGUAGCCAUUGUUGGCUCAAACCCAGAUUACAUCCACUUAGACUUUUUCAGCAAUAAAUCUGACAUUAAAUCUUUGCAUGACUUUUUGUCUCUCAAGUGGCUCAAAAGUCAGAAGGGGAAAGGGGGUGUUAUUUUUAUGACUCUGCAAACCCCAACAAAGAUUAGUGCAGAUUGUAUUUCGAAGUAAGCCUGAGACAAAAACAAAUUGGGAAUUUCUAAUUUUAGAUUUUUUUAAAAUCAUGGAAAUUCUAUUGAAAAUGGGUCAUGUUAAUGACAAGGCAACAUGCAAACAUUUGUUCAGGAUAUUUAAAAGGUCUACUGCCCAGGCAUUGUGAUAGACCACAGUAUUGACUCUAGAUUUCAUUUGAAAGAAAGAAUAUGAAACAAUAUCUCUGCCCAUCUUGUCUUUCUUAAGAGUGUAAUGUAUAUGUAAUAAAAUGUACUCAUUAUAAGUUUACAGUUUGAAGAGGUUUGACAAGUGUGAAUAUCCUCACCAUUAUCAAUAGGUAGAAUAUUUCCAUCACCCAGAAAGUUCUCAAAUGCUCAUUUGUAGUCACUUCCCUCCACCCCAACAACCAGCACUAUUCAACUAAUUUGCUUUCUGUGGCUAUAGAUUUGACUUUUCUAGAAUUUCUAGUAAAUAGAUAUAAAAUAUAUAUUCUUUCUGAGCUUUUUCACUCAGCCUAAUUCUAUUAAAAUCCGUCCAUGUCGAAAUUCUUCCAUGCUCUUAUACAUGAGUAGUAUGUUCCUUUUUAUUGCUGAGCGUUAUUCUGUUGUAUGGAUAUACCACAAUUUGUCACUAUUCAUAUCUGUUGAUAGACAGCUAGGUUGUUGAUGGACAGCUGCGUUUUGAUCUAUUAUGAAUAAAGCUGCUAUGUACAUAUGCUGUAAA